AUGUCUGGUCAUUAGUAAAUUUAGCGUAUUAACUUGCAAAUCAUAAAGACUUACAAAUUACAACGUUUUCCAAUAAUAUCAAUAUGUCUUGAUCACUAAUAAGGCCAUGAACGUUUAUAUUUUGGAACAUGUGAAGAGCCAUCAAAUAGAUUGGUAUCAUUUCAUGAUUUGAAUUUGUUUGUUAAUAAGGCAUUUUAUUUUGUUCAUAGAAACACUUAAGAAGUUUAUCAAGGUCUUAUUCCAAUAAUGUAUUAUGCAUUUUACAGAAAUCAAUUUACAAAUAUGACAUUUUUGGGUCCUCCUGGAAUAACUUAAUUUAUUAUGCAGACUAGAUAUAUGCUUGGAAUACGUAAUCUUGCUUUUGGAUCUAUGGAUUUAAAUAAGAAUAUGGAAAUAAAGCAAAUGAAAUUUGGAAUAGGAAAUAAAAUAUAAUUUUUAGAUAUGGUUAAAACUUCUGUUGAAAAGUAAAUGCAAACUUUAAAUGGAAUUAAUCAAUUUAUUUGUGAAAAAGCAUAACAAUAUGUAAAUCCAUUGGAAUUAGUUGAUUAGAAUAAAUAAGUUUCAAUGCAGUAUUUUAAAGUUAAACCUCUCUUUGGAAAUAAGUAAAAGUGAUAUUUACCCUACUAGUCCUAAUCUUACUUAAUAUCUAGUGACAUUCAAAGCUGAGUAGCAAAUAGAUUAUGAAGUACUUAGAAAAUUAAAUAUUCCCCUUACUCUGAUAAAUGAUAUCAAGGAAGGAAAGUAUUAUCAUAAUGAAAAAUAACUAUAAUUUGAUGACAUUAAGAAAUUUAAUUAUUAAUUGUUAUAAUAAGCAAUUUUAAUAUUAGAUUUUAAGACUCAAAAUGAAGUUGAAGACUUUAAUUAGAAUAUCUUUCAAUUAUUACAAGAUGAAUUAUAGAGUUAUAGUACGGAAUUUAAGAAAUCUAAGAAAGAUGGUGAUGUAAAUCAAACACUUUUAAUUGUUCAUUAUGCUAAUAAAUAAUUGUUAGAAUCAAAUUAAUAUAUAAAUUUAAUUGAAAGUCUAAAGUUAUUAAAUUAUAAGAUAAUUCAUAUUGUUACUUCUUAAGAAUAUUAUUAUGAACUCGAUAAAGUAAGUUAAGAAGAUUUGGGAAGAGAAAACUUUGGAUAUUAUUAUUUAGAUUAUUUGAAAUUUAUGAAAACUAAUGUUCCUAUCUUAUUCUAAGGAUAAUAAUAAAUAAAUUAAUUUAAAUUUCAUGAAAAUUUAAAAAAUCUAAAUUAAUUAUGGCCAAGUCAACUAAAAUAUAUUCCUAUGAAAAUGAAAACAAUUUAAAUUGCUAGGGGAAUUUUAUCAUUUGAAGAUUUAAAAGUAAAGAGAUAAAUUUCAUAUUCAUUAAAAAAAGAAGAUAAACUAGAAUUAAUUAGAUUAUGUAAUUCAAUUCCUAAAAACUAAAAUGAAAGUUAUGAAAUUUAGAUGUUGGGAACAUCUUCCUCUAUUGAAACUUAAUCUAGAAAUGCUAGUGGAAUUUAUGCAAACAUUAACAAAACUGGUAUUUUGAUGGAUUGUGGUUAGAAUACAUUAAAUUAAUUUUAUUUUAGUUGCAAGAAUGAUGAAGAGUUCAAAUAGAAAAUAAGUAAUAUUUAAGUAAUCUAUAUAUCUCAUUCUCAUAACGAUCAUCAUUAAGGUUUGUAUGAUUUUAUUAAACAUAAAUGUACAUUAUCAGAAGAACCUUUUUUUAUUUUGCUUCCAAAACCCAUAUAUUUAUGGUAUUCAUAAUUAUUGACAAAUUUAUUUAAGGAAGAGUUUGGAACGAAAAGUUAUGUAAAUUAAAUUAAAAUUGUUUUUACAGAUGGAUUAGUAAAUACUAAUAUAACAGAAUAAAUUAAAUCUUUAUCAAAAAAUUAAUUUAAAAUUAAUCAUUUAGAAACUGAAGAGUUUCCAGAGAUUAAUUAUCAAUCAAAAUUUGAUAAAAAUUUAAAUAAAACUGAGUUUUUAGAAUUUUUAGAAUAUAAAAACAUAAGAUUUGAGUUAGAAAUGACAUAACAUUGUUAAUAUAGUACUGCAAUCAAAAUAAUUUCAAAUGGCAAAACAGUUGUAUAUUCUAGUGAUCGAUUGGGAAAUAUUAGAACAUCUAAUAAAUUUUUUGAAUUUGCAAAAAAUUGCGAUCUUUUAAUACAUGAAUGUACAUAUCCAGAUGAUAUGACUUUAAAGUAACUUUUUUCUUAAUAUUUCAAAUAGAGCUGAUGAAGUUAAACAUUCUACAUUUUUAUAAGCUUUUUUUAAUGCAUAUGAAUUAAAUGCAAAAAAUUUGGUUUUGACUCAUUUUACUGAAAGAAGUCUUUUCUAUAUCAAGGGAUUAUUUAACAGUGAUGGACAAGUAAAUUUCUAUGGGUUUAGGAAAAUAUUAAAAUAAUAUUCAAAUUUUGCUACAAAACCAUAUAAUAUAGAUCAAGCUAUUUAAUAUUUUGAAAAUAAAGUUGUUUUUGCAAGUGACUUUAUGAUUUUUGGAGAUGGAAAUAUUAAUCAUUUAAGUAAAAUAUCACGUAUAAUUGUUAAAAGUCUUCUUCCUUGA